AAAACAUCAUGAUUAUGGACUGUAAAUUGCUAUUACUAAUCCAGCUUAGUGUGUUAUGUCUAUUGUUUCAUGAAACCAAUCCUGCUACUAUAGAUCAUGCUUCUACAACUAGAGAGGUGACGACCACGACUCCUCGUCCAACACGGGAACACCCAGAAUGGACCAACUCUUUCUACUACUAUGAUCACUACUCCCACUACCUUUGCCAUUUUCACGCCUCCAGACUUAUACAAUACUGCCACUGCUACCAUGUUCCUUACGAGCAUCGGAGUGAUUUCCAUUCUCCGCUUAAGAUGUUUGAAAUGGAGAAACAUAUGGCGGAAUUGUACAUAGCUGGGAACCAUGUAUUGAUGAAUGAUUUUCAAAUAUACAGUAAAGUUAACUACGACAUGUGCCACGGCCAUGGGAGAAGACCCAAUGUUACCAUAUAUCUAUUGUACGACAAUAAGUGAACACAUAUACAUAAUAUAUCG